CCCAUUUUUUUCUAUAAUUUUAUUUUUUUAUGGACGCUAUUGCGUUUAUUUUAACCUAGUUUUACCAAGUAGUGACCUCGCUACCAAGGUACGAGCAAUUUGGAUUUAUUAAUUUCCGUGUGCAGGUACAUUGCUCUGCACGACUUGCGAAGGACAGUACAUUUGGUAAAUGACGUCACACGUACAGGUGCCAGGCGGAGAUGCGCACGGAAGCCUCGUUGAUAACCAAGGAACUCGAUUUAGGUUAAAAUCUGUUGCAGGAUUCCGGAGAGUAGUACCCAAGACUCAUGGCUGUAACGAUGGAGCUCGAAGAAAGCGUCUCAGACUCGAAAAUAGAGAAAGAUAGCAGUUCUAAAAAGGAACUUAGGCCUUCGAGUGCUGUAUCGCUCUCAAAAUCGGAACAUGGACCAGAAACAUCUCCAUCGGCUGAACAAUUGAAACAGUACAAAUCAUGGGUGAGCAACGAAAGGUGGAACGAACUAAAGAAGAUCGCUGAUAGUGCUAUGAAGGAGCACAAAGUUUUCAUGAUUAAAGGUGGAGGAUUCCCUGCGAUCCGUCGGGCACUGGUCGAGAGAGGGUGGCUCGAGAAAUAUGAAUCACAUAAGGCGCGGCAUCCUCCAUUAAAUUUGGACCCAAAGAAAGCAACAGGCAAAGAACUGUCAAGAGUAGAAAGGAUGAUACUUUACAAAUUUAUGGAGCACCACUCAGUUGAUUUUCUUUGGACAACCAAGAGAGACAGAUAUGAUUGGCUGCUUAGCAAUAAAGAAGUCGUCAUUAGCAGAUUUUGCCGUUCGAUUUUCACUACCAAAGAAGGUCUUACAGCUUCCUUAACACAAAUGCACUGGUAUACAGAUCCAGGUGUUGCUUUAACCAAAUUUCCUCGUUCCUACAAUAUUCAUAACUCUGAUAGCCUCGAAGAAUUCAUAGAUGAUUUUAGAAUCACAGCUUGUAUCAGCAUCUUGAAAUGGCUGACUAAUACAAUGGCGAUAAACGGCGAUCAGUGCUUAGUAACACCUCAAGGCAAAGUUCCAUUUUCUGCUAUUGAUUUUGCAGUUAACAGGUUAAAUGAGUACGUUUCUUUUUACACUCAUAGGGAUAUUGAUGACUCAGAAGAUCAAUCUCAACACGUGUGGGAGCAUGAGUGGGAUCAAUUCCUCACUCAUCAUUAUCUUUUAGUGCACGAGAAAGCAAAGUUUAUGGAUGACAAGAACCUCAACAUUAGGUUACUAGAAAGAAAAGCGGCUAAAAUUUUAGGAACUAUGACCAAGUACUGGCCCCAAAUAGAUAUUGACGGUGUUCUGAACAUAUGGAUUGUGAAGCCCGGCAACAAAUGUCGCGGCCGGGGCAUUCAACUCAUGAACAACAUCAAAGACAUAAUAGGGCUGAUUAAUGUACCUGCGCAGAAAACUAGAUACGUUGUACAGAAAUAUAUUGAAAACCCCCUAGUUAUAUACAACACAAAGUUUGAUAUACGCCAAUGGUUCUUAGUCACUAAUUGCCAGCCGCUAACAAUUUGGAUUUACAAAGAUAGUUAUUUACGGUUUAGCUCUCAAAUAUUUAGCUUAUCGAAUUACCAUGAAUCUGUUCAUUUAACCAAUAACGCUGUUCAGUCGAGAUACAAAAACAACAAUGAAAGGGACAAGGCAUUACCCGAUGAGAAUAUGUGGGACUGUAUUACUUUUAAAGCUUACCUAAAACAGAUCGGGAAAUACGAAAUGUGGGACACCAAAAUUUACCCUGGGAUAAAACAAUGCCUGAUUGGAGCUAUGUUAGCUUGCCAAGAGACUAUGGAUAAACGACAGAACAGUUUUGAACUGUAUGGCGCUGACUUUAUGCUGACAGAAGACUUUACUCCUUGGCUUAUCGAGAUCAAUUCCAGUCCAGAUUUGGCUCCCACAACUUCCGUCACCGCAAGACUUUGUCCUCAAUGUCUUGAAGAUGUUAUAAAAGUUGUUCUUGAUCGACGAGCAAGCCCUGAUGCUGAUACGGGAACGUUUGAAUUAGCCUACAGGCAAAUUAUUCCCAAAGCACCUGCGUAUCUAGGUUUAUCUCUGUGCGUUAAUGGUAAAAAACUUUUAAAGAAGACCAGAGUGAUAAAACAUGAAUCAAGAGCUAUAACUCCAAUUGCACCUCGGGUCCCAUCUGGAGAUUCAAUUGCUCCCAUACAAAAUCAUUCGGUUCCACCCGAAUACAGUGGCCCUAUUAUCACAGAUUUUUUGUCGUGGUUAAAUCCGUAUGACGCUUUGCCGAUGAAUAAGGAUGGUCUCGUAAUAGGACCUAAGGAAUCGCUCACGGAAGCAGCACCGAGGAAGGCGAGAAAAAAAUUUAGAGCGUAAUCGUCAUAUCGUUUCUCAUUCCUGUUGUCGUCCAGACGAGAACCAGUCCGUCAAUCAUACUGGAAAAUACCGGACGGAAUCAGCUUACAAAACUGAUAAGCCAAAGCUUGACAGAUCGGUCGAUCCUGCCCAACCACGGUGCCCUUUAAUCCUUAUAUUCCUUGGAUACCUGUGAAUCAUGCAGUAGCUCUAAGCUAUAAACCCAUUUGGAAUUACAUUUUACCUAUAUUCUUUUUAAGUAUACAAUUUUUUUGAUAUAAAAUAUUUAUACAGACCUUUUUUUAAAA